AUGAGCCUCAAAUCCAUCUACCAGCGCUUUCUCGAGGUCCCCAAUCCCAUCAGCCUGUCUGACAAUGCCUCUCUAUCCUACAUCACCACGCUGACCUCGUUCUCCACCUCCGCUGCAAUUGUUCGUCACCUUGAAACGCAAAACAAGAAGGUGGUACAAACGAGAAGUGCCAAGGUCAUCACUGCGAUCGAAGGUCACCGCGCUCUGGCCUUGGAAGUGGAAACGGUUCUAGAAUUCAUCUCCGGUGGAGGUGCAUACCUUCCGGGCUUGGAGAACUUCAUCGUGGAUAAGGUGGCGACCAUUCCAACCACUCAUAUUGUCUAUUUUGAUGCCGAGAGCAAGAUUUCACACAUCCGCAUUUCUUGGGAUCAAGGAUCCUUGUUGAAACAAACAGAAGUCAUUGGUUCACGAGGCAGAAACUGGCCUGUCUUUGAUGGUCAAGAGCAGGUCAGGUUGAUCAAAUCCGGUGUCUCCGCGGCGGCCGUGGAAGAUGCCGCAAGCCCUCGCGGACGAUCAGUCAAUCCCAGCAUCGUGUCCUCACGCAGCACAUCUCCAAGCAAGAAAUACAUCAAGGAUCCCCAUGCCAGUCUCGAUCUCUUUCAACCAAGAACCUUUGAUGAGAACAAACAACCCACCGGCCCCAAUGCGGUGGCUCCACGAGCUUCAGCCAAACCGGCUCCACGUGAGAUGAGCGAGCUUUUCGCAGCCGGCCAUGAAGACCACGAGCCUGGAUCGCCGAAGAAGGUCCCCGUCACAUCUGUUCCAGCACCAAAGGGCCGCAGCAGCACGCAGCAGAAGUUUGCACCAUCUCGUUUGUUCGCCGAUGACCCAGAUGAGCCUGCUGCCGUGCCAUACAAGUCAAACCCUGCCAAAUACAAUCACUUUGAUAUUGGAGACGAAAACGAAUAUGAUCCCUUGCAGCAUCAUGACAGCCCACCCAAACCAAAGGCCGCAGUGCCUUUCAGAGGAAAGUCUGGAAAACAUGGCCCUCAGUGGGAGUUCCAGGACUUCUAUACACCAGCUAAACCUGGUCAAAAGGUCCGUGACCAUGACGUGGUUCAUUUCAGUCUGGAGAACCCGGAAAACAAUCCAGAAACCCCAGCGGCUCGAGCAGGCGCAAAGCCACGCCGGGACAACGAGACUCACUUCGAGCUCCGAGAUGAUGGUACGCCUGUUGAACGACACUUUGUUCAUAAACCGCGAAAAGAUGCUGAAACACACUUCCAGUUCCGGGAUACUGACACCCCUGCCCCUAACCGUUCAGCGCGCCCAACCAGUUCAGGAGGUGACCGCAUGGGUUUAUACACCAAUAAUCUUUACGACGAAGACGAAAACUCGCAACCGCAAGGAAAGGCACCAUUAGCCACCAUUACCAACAACAAAGGUCGUAGGAAUGACUUUGAUAGCCACUGGAGCAUGACAGACGAGUCACCGGCCGAUAAAAAGGGUAGCCACGAAAACCAACACAACGGCGGCGACCAUACGAAAGCAGUCAAGAUGAUGGAUUCGCAGUGGGACAACGAGGACCAGGUUACUGAACGGGCCAGAAUCCCUGUCAAGAAUACACAUCCGAAGAAGGGUCUGGAAAGCCAGUGGCAGAUGGGGGAUCAUGAGUCGACAGACAACAAUGGCAAGAAUGUCACCAAGAGCUUCUGGGACUUUUGA